AUGGACGCGAUAUCGACCUUCAGCUUCGGCAACCUGGGCUGGCUCGCGACACAGGCUGUCCCGCUCAUCAUCUGGCCGAGGUUUAUUACCAACCUCCUCCGUCCCGAGGACUACCAGGCCGCAGGCUCUCUUGAGGACUACUUUGCCCGCUCCCUAGGAUUCGCUCUCCUCACCCUCGGCCUCCUCGUAGUGACCCUCUCCGGCGCGGUCCCCCUCGUAUCCGAGGACCAAACCCCGCCGGGGACUGUCUCGCCAUACGCCAACGCCGCCCUGUUCCUCUCCUCCAUCCACCACGCCUCCGCCGCCUUCUACUGCUACAGCAGGUAUCUGCGGACGGACCAGACGGGCUUCGUCCUAGGCUGCCUCGGCAGCACUUUCUUCGCCCUAUUCGGCCUCUGGUGUCUCAUGUUCGCCGGCGACAAGUCGCGCCGCAGCAAGAAGCACGGCUACGACAAGGACACGAGCUCGUUUCCCUUCAAGAACGCAGAAUCGUACCGCGCCAAGAAGAAGGGUAUGUAA